ACAAUAUAAUAUUUUCUCCGUUUUGUAUUAGCUUAUUUUCUUUCUAAGAAUCUGUAUUAUAAUUUAUUGUUUAUUUUAUAAAAUUAAAAAAAAUAUUAAGUAUUAGGUUCUUUCAAUACUAUCACUCUCAUUAAUGACUAAGUAAAGUGUAUAAGCUUAGAAGAUACUAUCUCUAUCAUUAAUGACUAAAUAAAAUGUAUAAGCUUAAAAUAUAUUUUCAAAGCAUAACUAAUAACAUAAGACUAAUUUGAUAAAAUAAAUUCCUAAUAAAUUUUUUUAAUUAAAGGGUAUGUCAAGUCCAUACGAAUUAACUAAUAUGAAACGGAAAGAGUACCUACAAAAAAACUUAUAAAUUAAUCGUGUAAUUUAAUUAAUCAUUAUUCAAUUUUUCAAGUUAUCGUUUCAGAUUUGAUAUAAAUAGCUUCAUAUCUUUAAGUUUCCAUUAACAAGUCUUAGCUUCAUGGCUUCCUCACAUAAAUUUACUAUUCCUCAAAUGGGCACUGCUAUCAUAUUGCUAGGAUUACUUGCUGCUAACAUUGAUAUAGCAGGGGGUCAAUCAAUAGGUGUUUGCUAUGGAAUGCUAGGGAACAACUUGCCACCAGCAUCACAAGUUGUACAACUCUACAAGUCAAGAAACAUAAGAAGAAUGAGGCUUUAUGAUCCAAAUCAAGCAGCUUUACAAGCUUUAAGAGGCUCCAACAUUGAAGUUAUGCUAGGAGUUCCCAAUUCAGAUCUUCAAAACAUUGCUGCCAACCCUUCAAAUGCAAAUAGUUGGGUACAAAGGAAUGUCAGAAAUUUCUGGCCAGCUGUUAAAUUUAGGUACAUUGCUGUUGGAAAUGAAGUCAGCCCUGUAACAGGCACAUCUUCACUUACCCGAUUUCUUCUUCCUGCCAUGAGAAACAUUCGUAAUGCAAUUUCUUCAGCUGGUUUGGGAAACAACAUCAAAGUCUCAACUUCCAUAGACAUGACUUUGAUUGGGAACUCUUUUCCACCAUCACAGGGUUCAUUUAGGAAUGAUGUUAGGUCGUUCAUUGAUCCGAUUAUUGUGUUUUUAAGGGGGAUAAAUUCGCCUUUGCUCGUUAACAUUUACCCUUAUUUUAGCUAUGCUGGUAAUCCGCGUGACAUUUCUCUCUCCUAUGCUCUUUUCACUGCACCUAAUGUGGUGGUACAAGAUGGUUCACUUGGAUAUAGGAACUUAUUUGAUGCAAUGUUGGAUUCUGUUUACGCUGCCUUGUCUCGAGCCGGAGGGGGCUCGAUAGAGAUUGUUGUGUCCGAGAGUGGCUGGCCAUCUGCUGGGGCAUUUGGAGCGACAACAAACAAUGCAGCAACUUACUACAGGAACUUAAUUCAGCAUGUUAGAAGGGGUAGUCCAAGAAGGCCUAAUAGAGCCAUUGAGACCUAUUUAUUUGCCAUGUUUGAUGAGAAUAACAAGAACCCUGAACUGGAGAAACAUUUUGGAGUGUUUUUCCCCAACAAGCAGCCCAAAUUUCCACUCAACUUUGGGUCUUCUGAUAGAUUUUUGGACAUUUCUGCUGAAAAUAAUAAUGCAACCUCAACUUCUCUCAAAAGUGACAUCUGAUAAUUAAGACACUUUAAAAUAACCAUUGCAUGUUCUCUAUGCAAUUGCCUUGUUCUGUUCUGAGACACUACCUGCUCUCUGUUGGUCCUCAUGGAUUGUUAACUAGAGACCAAGUGCACACAUAACAUAAAUAACUGAGUGAUGAUUCUGAAAUGAUAAAUGGAAGUAGUGAUGUUUAAAUUUU